AUGGUCGAUAGUGGUGUCCCCCAGGGUUCAGCACUGGGACCCAUUUUGUUCCUUAUCUACAUGGACGAUGCCGCAAGAGAUUUAGACUCUGAAGUAGCAAUGUUUGCGGAUGACAUGAAGAGAUGGAGUGUAAUUCGGGGUCCUGCCGAUGAAGGCAGACUGCAGAUGAACCUGAAUCGGUUGGAGGAGUGGUCAAACCGUUGGCUCCUGCGGUUCAACGUUGCCAAAUGUAGCAUGCCUCGCCUAGGCAACACAGCCAGAUCCGCCAGCACGAGAGGCUACUUUCUGGGCGGUGCAGCCCUACAAGAGGUCGAAGCCCAAAGGGACCUCGGUGUGCUGACGAGUUCCCUAAGACCAUCCGCCCACUGUUCGAGGGUGGCAAAAACCGCAAUGUCCGUACUGUACGCCAUCAAGCGUGCGUUUAUGGACUUUGACGAAGAAGCUUUCUCUAAGACAUUCGGAACAUUCGUCCGGCCGCAAUUAGCGUACGGCAUACAAGCUUGGAGGCCGUGGGCUGUUGUGGAUCAAAACUGCCUCGAAAGAGUCCAGAGGAGAGCCACGAAGAUGGUUAGGGGUCAAAGCUCCUUUCCUUAUGCGACCCGCCUAUUAAAUCUGAACCGCUUUCCUUUGAGUUACAGGCAACUUCGCGGAGAUCUCUUGCAAGCCUUCCGCAUUGUAAAGGGGUUGGGUUGCAGUCUGGCCUUCGAGGACUUUCUUGAAUUUGAUACCACGACCAACCUCCGAGGUCACCUGUUAAAACUGCGCACUCAGCAGGCACGGCUGGAUGUGCGGAAGUUCUCCUUCUCGGUUCGGGUGGUCAAACCAUGGAAUGAGCUUCCGCAGAUGUUGUGA